AUGCAGACCACUGCCUUUCCCCCCUACUGGCACCUUCUUCGAGCACAAUGGGCUAUCGAUCAGUUAGAGAUGGCGCUCCAUGCCGGUAAUCUCACAACGGCCAACCCUCAGAGAGGCUUAAAGGUCAAGAAUGAACUUCAGUCUUGGACAGUUGAAUACGAUGGGUUGAUCAACGAAGAUCAAUGUAAAGAGUAUGCAUGGGUCGGCCUGAGGUUGAAAUCUCCUCUUUUCCGUCCCGAAACUUUUAUUCCAGGAACAGACUCAAAGACAAUCAUGGACAUCAUGAACAAGAGGUUCCUCACUGUUCCCAAUGCAGAGACGCGCCUGGUGGUCAAAAUGUGUAUACCAAAGCAUCUCGUGAGCCUGGACUCGAUGAAGGCCACCGUAUCCAUUCUUUGGCUGGUAGACCCGCUGUUGAGGCUACAGUAUACUAAUCUUGCUAGGGACGGUGCCAUUGAUAUCCAGGCUGAGAUGUUGUCCGCAGUCCAGGUUGAGGAUCCCUGGAAUAAUCGCCUUUCGCCUGGCCGGAAACCACUGGAACUUCUACCCCAUCCAGGAGAUCUGGGCGGCCCGAAGUAUCGCCACAGCAUCCACAGAAUUCUGGAUGCUACAUCCGUCCAAGAUUUGCUACAUCUCAUGGAUAUAGUAAUUUAUGGUAAGGAAGGACACUACCCCAAUGCGAGCCCUGCUUAUUCUUUCCUGGAGAACAAGACGACUGUUGCUAUUGAGUUCAGUCAACAUUGUGGAACACUGGACAUGCUGGAGACAUCCCUCUGGGCUAUUCUAUGCGUAAAGCUGACUCAACACUGUCUCAACAAAUCUGGUACCUUCUUCUGCGAAUCAUAUCCCAAUCUGAGGUAUUGCUCCACGAUUCACGACUUUCUCGAGGAGCAAGGCCUGGGGGAGUUGUCCAAAUGUUUCCAGCCACAACCAAAACAUUUCAAAGUGCCAGAUCUGAGAUAUUGGCAUCCUGUCGCAAGUGCUGCGCCCCCUGAGGAGCCCACUGUGGUUCCAAAUUUGUCUUCGAGACAUCUAUCUGCGUCGCAUUUUCAAGGAUCUAGUCUCCUAACCAAUAGCGAAGAAUACUUACAAAAGUACGCCAGAAACGAGAGCUACUGUUUUGGUAUCGAGCUCGAAUUGUACAUGCCAGUUUUGCUACCGCAUGACGGCCGGCCCGACCCUCAUCCCAAUGAUGGCAGGGAGCUCAGCCGUGCCGAGCGAUUCCCCAACAGAGUUGCUUUAAUGAAAGAAAUCGUCAGUUCUAAAGGGCCGUUGACUCUGGUUUGGGACGAGUAUUUCGACCAGAAGUCCUGGGAGAGCAAGCUCCUCUGUCACGGGAUGGUGCCUGUUGACGAUAUUGACCCCCAAUAUCAGACGUGGACCAUUGGAACCGAUGUAUCGCUACGCCAAAUGUCUGAGUGGGGAGGAUACAGGCAGCUGAAAGGUUUAGAGAUCAUCAGUCCCGUUCUUAGAAACACGCCCGAGUGCUGGGAAGAGGUACUGGAUAUGGUCUUCAUCCUGCGAAACAACUUCAGACUGACAGUGGGCAAAUCAUGUGGAUUCCACAUACAUGUGAGCAAAGGCACUGGGCCCAUGUUGUUACACCUCGUGCGCAAGGUUUGCGUCCUCAUGUAUUUGGCGGAGAACAUUGUUUACCUCCUUUGUUGCCCUGGAAGAAGGAAGUCAAGAUACGCACCAAGUCUAGCAUCAUUACUAGAACCUCUAUGUACCGAUCAGUGGUCGGAAAUGAAUGUUCCAGCUGACUUCGAACAGUACAUUCCCGUCGACAAGGUCGUCGACCGCCGUACCUUGGGUAUUGUGAAGAAGCUAUGGACGGCCGAAACUCUACAACGGCUCAAGCUGCUUAUAACUCCUAGCAUGGGCUCAAAGUCUUGCUUGGGUCUUUCCAAGUGCCAUUCCAUUGAUGAGUUUGGUGAAGGCUCUGAAGAUGAGUGUAAAGGGACAGUUGAGUUCCGCCACCUCGAAGGUACUCUGGAUCCUGAGCUGAUUCUUCGGUGGAGUCAGUUGAUGGUUUCUCUAUUCCAGUUUGCUGAUCUAGCUUCGCCACAAGCAUGGCAGAAUUUUGUGCCCGCAUUAUUGCAGUGCCUGGCAUUUGGUAAGAUGGAUCCGAACGUGUUGAGAGUUUUCUUGUUGUUCUUAGGAAAGGGAGGUGAUUUUGACUUUUGGUACAGUCGGAUCGAAAUGAUGCCGAAUUUGCCUCUUGAUCCACAACAACUGGCUCGCGGGCCAGUUGAUAACAAUGAGAUUCUGCCUCCCCUUGAUGAGGGGUACAUUGAUGCCUUACGUGAAGAGCUGUGUACGAGAGAGAUGAGAUUGCCUUGCAUGAUCCAGACAGCGGCGACCCUCAAUGAAUCUGAAGCGUCGACUAAUCCAGACGACCUUGCAAGACUAGUGUCCGAGAAGGCCAACUUUUUUGAUGCUUAA